AUGCCGAUCUUGGUUGGUCCUAGAUGUAGUAUUCUGCGGCAGCCUGAUCUUGUUGCCGAUGGUGAGGAUGAUGAAGGGCUGCUGUGGGAUGUGUUCUUCAUGGAGUUUCAUGUUAGAGAUGCGGUCUUAAACUACUGGCUGGAAGAUGAUAGUCCUAUAAGACUACGUGAUGUGAACACGAUCGGUCCUAUGAGAAGGAGGUUGUUUGUGGUUAGGCGUGAUCAGUUAUUAAGAAGCCAUAGUCUUGCAUUCGAACAUGUAUCUCUCCUGCUUUUUCUUAUGGGUAUACCUUCAAUCUUGCAUGCAUCAUUCGUGCAAGAGAUACGCUCCGGUGCUGUUUUGUUGGCGAAUGAAACCACCAACAUCGGUCGUCGCAUAAUUCCUAUGGUGGUGGACAUUGAUAUGUGGUCUUCAUUGAAUGAUGUGACCGGCUUGUCUGUGCCUGCAACUAGAGCUUCCAUUGAGGCACUUGAGAAGAUCAAGUUUGAGGAUGUAAAUUCGACAGACAAGUGUAUAAUAUGCCUAGAAGAGUUUGCGACGGAAUCGGAAGUUAGUCGGAUGCCAUGUUCGCAUGUUUAUCACGAAGAUUGCAUUAUAGAAUGGUUGGAGAGGAGUCAGAUGUGUCCCUUGUGCCGCUUCAAGAUGCCUGCCAUCUCAAGUUGA